AUGAAAGGCAAGUACAAAGGUUGUUUGGUAGCAGCAAGUGGACAAGAUGGCAAUAUGCAGAUAUAUUCACUUGCGCUUGGAGUAGUUGAAGUGGAGAAUGAUGCUGGUUGGGUUUGGUUUUUUAAGAAUUUAUCAAAAUUUGUUUCGGACGAGGAAGAUCUUGCUUUUGUAUCUGAUAGACAUGCAUCGAUAUAUUCUGCACUGGCGAAGGUCUACCCACUAGCCCAUCAUGCAGCAUGUGCAGUCCACCUUUUCCGCAAUGUUAAACACAAGUUUUCAUGUGGUGGUUUAGCGAAUCUUGUCUCUAAAGCAGGAAGAGCAUAUACAAUUGGUGAUUUUCGUUAUUGGUGGAGGCAGAUUGAGGAAACAAAACCUGAAUGUGCUGAGUAUCUACUGGACAUUGGUCUACCACAUUGGGCCCUAUCACACUUCACGAGUAACCGUUACAACAUGAUGAGCAGCAACAUAUCAGAGUCUUUGAAUGCAGCAAUGAAAAAAGCUGUUGAGUACCCGAUUGUUUCAAUGGUCGAAUUUAUAAGGGCCAUGUUGAUGAGGUGGUUUUGGUGUAGAAGGACAUUAGCUGGGAAGACAAGAAGUAGGUGUACACCAGAAAUAGAAGACUUGUUGAUUGACCAUUUGAAAGAGUCACUUAACUGUGCGGUUCUAGGAGCAACUGACUGGAUCUACCAAGUGAACGACGCAAUUGGUUGCGAGUUUACCGUUGACAUGGAGAAGAGAACAAGUACUUGUAGGGUGUUUGACGUUCUGAUGCUUCCAUGCUGUCACGCUUUGGCUGUGACAAGAGUAAGAAAUAUUGACCCCUACUCGCUUAUAAGUGUGUGUUAUUUUGUUGGGCCUUGCAGGGAGAAGUACAAAGGGGUACUAAUGCCACGUUCAAAUGAGAAGGACUGUGACAUACCGGAAGAGGUUACAGAAGUACCUGUUAACCCACCAAGGACAAGACGACCAGGGGGAAGGCCUAAAAAAAAAGGAUACCAUCACAGGGAGAGGUUCAUCAUGUAA